ACUCGAGGGUGGAGCCCAAGUAGUCUAGUCUAUGAUCAUGGGAAUUAUUGGGAAUCAAUGGCUACUUUACACUCGACUUUACAAGCUGCUCCUGUUAGUCUAACUUACGUCCUUACUCUCCCUACAUUACUCUCUGCAAUAGCGACUAUCUCUUUGUCUCUAUUCAUCGUUCCACUACUGAGCUAUCGAAUAAAGGCCUACAGGAAGAAGUUUAGCUAUGACAAGAAAGUUCGCUUUAACAUAAUACCUGGUGCUAUACUACAUACUAUAAUAGUAUGCACUCUAAUAUUCAUAGCUCUAUUGACUGGCUCUGUUAGCAUUUGGGAGAGUUUAGCAGAAUCUAAGUCCCCCAUUGGUUUCAUUACAAUGCAGAUCUCUGCUGGGUUUUUCUUUGGCGAUAUGAUGGUAUAUCUUGGCCAGAAACCUUUACGUGAUAUCAAAACCUUAUUGCACCACGCUGCAAGUCUGUUUUCUAUCCUCCUGAUUCUCCUCUAUGAAGGAAGAUGGAUGAUACUCGUACUUGCAAGAGUCUCAACAGAAAUAUCUACUCCCUUUGUGCACCUUCGGUGGAUUCUAGCCGAAACAAACGAGUCGAAAAAUUCCCCACUUUCAGUCUUUACUGCAAUUGGUAUGACCACUACAUUCUUACUCUUUCGUGUAUUGGCAGUGCCAGCAAUGUGGCUCCUAGUCUACUUGAUUGAAUUGGAAGAGACAGGGAUGAAUACUUACUUUCCAUCAGCUUCAAAAUGGUUUGCAUAUGUGAUGAUGGGCAUUUUGGAUCUACUGAACACGUAUUGGUCUUACAAAGUUGUACGUGGCUUUGUGAAGUGGAUAAAAACUGCCUUUUCAAGCAGUGAAGAUAAAAAAGACUAGAAACAGUAUCUACUCAAUCAAAAGUAUUCUAUACCGGGUAGUUGCCAUUUUGACAGGUUUUUAUGUGCAGUUAGUUAUGCUUACAUUAUUUC